GGCUAUGUGUGUAUAUAUGCAUUCUAGGGAGAAGGAUAGAGUCAGGGAGGCAGAAACGACAGGAGCAAAUGUAGGGAGAGCGGGACGCGAGCCUAAUGCACUAUUGCAAUUGGGAAACCAUCGCCCUAGUCCCUGAUGCACGCGGACGCAACCGCGGGAGCCGCUUGCACCGACACCGAGGACAACAACACAGCGGCUUGGACAGAACUGUUCGACAGGGAGGGCUGUGUGAAUCUUGUUAAAUAUAAUGUUCGCGACGCUGGUCGACAGAGGAUAAGCGUUGCUGGAGCGACCGCCCCCCAGACUUGCACACCAAUCGUGUGCUGGCAUCGAAUUCAGGACUGACCCCCAAACUUGAGCCUCCUCCCGGACCCUAUUUCCCCAAACACAAACGCAAGCAGACACACACAACGUACCCAACACACACACACCGCUGCCUUCUGACUGCUCACGGGGAUAAAUGCGUGCCCUAGCUCGGGGGAGCAGGGUUGGGACACAAACCAGAACCCACACAGUAGGAUGUCCUGGGUCAGUGGGUUCCUAGUGGCGCGGGUGGACGACCAGAAGUCGGCGUGGGGGGAGCGCAAUGGCAGCAGGUCGAAGCGGAAAGGAGGCUCCCUGUGCAACCCUCGCUACAUGAGCUGCCUGCGGGACCCCGAGGCCGCGGACCCGCCGCCCCAGACCCCGCCCCAGCACCGGGGCGGAGCCGGCGGGAACCUGGGCCAACGCUGCGGCUGGCAGGAGGACCACUACGGCAAGAAGGGCGGGGCGGAGGUGGGGCUGAAGUCUGUGGACCUGAGCUUCGAGGACGGCGAGCUGAAGGGGCGGAAGGCCUGGGCGGCGGGGGGGGAGGCGGGGCUGGAGGACGCGGGCGGGGCGGCGGGCGGGGUCACGGCCGCAGACUGCUGGCUCCGGGUGGUGCAGGUGUUCCAGUCCAAGAAGUUCCAGUCGGCCAAGCUGGAGCGCCUCUACCAGCGCUACUUCUUCAGGCUCAACCAGAGCUCGCUCACCAUGCUGAUGGGCGUGCUGGUGGUGGUGUGCGGCGUCAUGCUCACCUUCCACUGCGUGCACGCGCCCCCGGACGUGGCCUACUCCUCCGUGCUCUCCGUGGCCAUGGCCCUCUUCCUGGCCAUGAUGGUGGUGUGCAACCGUAACGGCUUCCACCAGGACUACAUGUGGAUGGUGAGCUACCUGGUGAUCGGCGUGCUGUUCGUGGUGCAGGCCUUCGGCGUCCACAAGGUGGCGCCGCGCAGCGCCUCAGAGGGCAUCUGGUGGUCGGUGUUCUUCAUCUACAUCAUCUACACGCUGCUGCCCGUGCGCAUGCGCGCCGCGGUGCUGAGCGGGGCCGUGCUCUCCUCCAUACACCUCAUCGCCGCCUGGAGGCUCAACCUGGACGACAGCUUCCUGUGGAAACAGCUGAGCGCCAACGUGCUGAUCUUCCUGUGCACCAACAUCAUUGGGAUCUGCACACACUACCCGGCCGAGGUGUCCCAGAGACAGGCCUUCCAGGAGACGCGCGGGUACAUCCAGGCCCGGCUGCACCUGCAGAGGGAGAACCAGCAGCAGGAACGCUUACUGCUGUCCGUGUUGCCAAGGCACGUUGCCAUGGAGAUGAAGGCAGACAUCAAUGCAAAGAAAGAAGACAUGAUGUUUCACAAGAUCUACAUCCAGAAGCACGAUAACGUCAGUAUCCUGUUUGCAGAUAUCGAGGGUUUCACGAGUUUGGCAUCCCAGUGUACAGCACAGGAAUUGGUCAUGACUCUCAAUGAGCUUUUUGCUCGCUUUGACAAACUGGCCUCGGAAAACCACUGCCUGCGCAUUAAGAUUCUGGGCGACUGCUACUACUGUGUGUCUGGACUUCCUGAGCCCAGGGCAGACCACGCCCACUGCUGUGUGGAGAUGGGUGUCGACAUGAUCGAGGCCAUCUCGCUGGUGCGAGAGGUCACCGGGGUCAACGUGAACAUGCGUGUAGGGAUCCACAGUGGGCGUGUCCACUGCGGGGUUUUGGGUCUGCGGAAGUGGCAGUUUGACGUGUGGUCCAACGAUGUCACGCUGGCCAAUCAGAUGGAGGCAGGGGGCAAGGCAGGGCGUAUCCACAUCACCAAGGCUACGCUGCAGUACCUGAACGGUGACUACGAGGUGGAGCCCGGCUUCGGGGGGGACAGGAACGCCUACCUGAAAGAGAACAGCAUUGAGACCUUCCUGGUGCUGGGCUGCAGUCAGAAACGGAAAGAGGAGAAGGCGAUGAUGGCGAAGAUGCAGCGGGUGAGGGCCAACUCCACAGAGGGGCUGAUGCCUCGCUGGGUCCCUGACCGGAGCUUCUCCAGGACCAAGGACUCCAAAGUGUUCCGACAGAUGGGCAUUGAUGAGAGCUCCAGUAAAGAUAACCGGGGUGCUCAGGAGGCACUGGACCCUGAGGACGAGGUGGAUGAGUUUCUGGGGCGGGCAAUCGACGCCCGCAGCAUCGACCAGCUGCGGAAAGAUCACGUCAAGAAGUUUCUGCUCACCUUCCAGACCCCUGACCUGGAGAAAAAGUACUCUAAGAAGGUGGACGAUCGCUUUGGGGGAUACGUUGCCUGCACUCUGCUGGUCUUCUGCUUCAUCUCCUUCAUACAGAUAGUCAUCUUCCCACAUACCCCACUAAUGCUGGGCAUCUACAUCAGCAUCUUCAUCAUCCUGGCCAACAUCCUCUUCAUCUGUGCCAUCUACUCCUGCAUUAAGUUGUUUCCAGUUGCCAUGCAGACUGUGUCGAAGAAGAUUGUGCAAUCCCGUACCAAUAGCACCCUGGUGGGUGUCUUCACCAUCCUCCUGGUCUUCGUCUCUGCCUUUGUGAACAUGUUCGCCUGUAACACAGAGAGCCUGAUAGAAUGCAUCUCCAGCGACUUCAACAUCUCUGAGGACUCAGUGAGCGUCUGCCUCAUCCGGAACCUGUCUCAGUCUGCACAGGACGGGCUGAUCCACUGCCCCGGCCACGCUCCACCCUGUCACUUCCCCGAAUACUUCAGUUACAGUGUGCUGCUCACGCUGCUGGCCUGCUCAGUGUUCCUGCAGAUCAGCAGCAUUGGAAAGCUGGCUCUCAUGCUGCUCAUCCAGCUCUCUUACCUGCUCCUGGCAGAGUGGCCUCAGGGGGCGCUGUUUGACAACGCUGACCUCUUUGUCACUGCCAACGCCAUUAAUCAAAGAGCUUUCAAUGAAACUCUGGAUGGGACCAGUUUCAAUGAAACAGAGCCAUGCCAGGAGAGCAUGACCAAGGUGUCGCUGAAGGUCAUGACCCCGGUGAUCUUGACGGUGUUUGUGCUGGCGCUGUACCUGCAUGCCCAGCAGGUGGAGUCUACGGCACGCCUGGACUUCCUGUGGAAACUGCAGGCGACGGAGGAGAAGGAGGAGAUGGAGGAGCUCCAGGCCUACAACCGCCGGCUGCUCCACAACAUCCUGCCCAAGGACGUGGCUGCGCACUUCCUGGCGCGGGAGCGCCGCAACGACGAGCUGUACUACCAGUCCUGCGAGUGCGUGGCCGUCAUGUUCGCCUCCAUCAGCAACUUCUCCGAGUUCUACGUGGAGCUGGAGGCCAACAACGAGGGCGUGGAGUGUCUGCGGCUGCUCAACGAGAUCAUCGCUGACUUCGACGAGAUCAUCAGCGAGGACAAGUUCAGGCAGCUGGAGAAGAUCAAAACCAUCGGAAGCACCUACAUGGCGGCGUCGGGCCUGAACGACUCGACCUACGACAGGGAGGGCCGCUCGCACAUCCUGGCGCUGGCCGACUACGCCAUGCGGCUCCGCGAGCAGAUGACCUACAUCAACGAGCACUCCUUCAACAACUUCCAGAUGAAGAUCGGCCUGAACAUGGGGCCUGUGGUUGCUGGAGUCAUCGGGGCCAGGAAGCCGCAGUACGACAUCUGGGGGAACACGGUCAACGUGGCCAGCCGCAUGGACAGCACCGGCGUGCCGGACUGCAUCCAGGUGACCACAGAUCUGUACCAGGUUCUGGCCAGCAAAGACUACCAGCUGGAGUGUAGGGGCGUGGUCAAGGUCAAGGGGAAGGGCGAGAUGACCACCUACUUCCUGAAUGAUGGACCAACCAGCAGCUAGCAGCAGCUGCGGGAGGCUUCCUACUGUACAGCACGGAGACGGACUGACUCAGAGACACAGGCUUCUGGAUACACAGACACACACGCACACACACGCACACACGCAUACACACACACACGCACACACGCAUACACACACACACACACACA